ACACCGUCCGUAUCUCAACGUUAGAGCCUUUAAAGGGACAAAUCAACGGCGGCGGCUACGACGACUACGGAGAUUUAACGUUGCAAAGCGGCGGAGAACGGCGGAAGACGGCGGAAGAUGGGUGAUCUACUCGACUGGCUUAUAUCUUUUUUGUUCCUCGUAACCCUUCUCAUCAUCGUUAUUUACCAGCUGACAUGUUUGGCGGAUCUAGAGUUCGAUCGUAGAAACCCUUACGAUUCAUCUACUAGAAUAAACCGGAUGAUUCUACCGGAAUUUGGUUUGCAAGGACUUUUGUGCUUAUACUAUGUCUUAACCGGACAUUGGUUCAUGGCGGUUUUGUCUCUUCCUCACCUUUUCUACAACAUUAGACUGUACGUGAAUAAGGAACAUUUGGCAGACGUAACAGAGAUAUACAAUACGAAUAAAUGGGAGCAGAAGAAACGAGUUUACAAGAUUGCUCAUAUCGCUCUCUCCAUUUUUAUCACAUCUUUUUGGUUGAUCCACUCGGCAUUGGGAGACAUCUAAAGGUUGGAGAAGUCACCGUAUCACUUCACCUAUUUUGUUGGCCACGACAAAUUGUUAUGUAGUUCUUCAACUCUUUUUUUUGUUGUUCUUUUCUUUUUUGGUUCUUCAGUUCAUUACACAAAUCGUAACGACGAUGAUUAAUGAUUUAAUUUAAAAAAAAAAAUUAAAAUGUAACUUUCAUUGUUUGGUACUCUUGAUACUUAGAUUUCAAGGCUUUUAAGGUACCUCAUUUA